AUGAAGUUUACUUAUAUUCCGGGAGGGGUUCGAACCCACGAGGACAAUUGUCCAUUGGAACUUAAGCCCAACGCCUUAACCACUCGGCCAUCGUGCUGCGUCCUCCUCCUGGUAUCUUCUUCUAAUGAAGAUCUAUCUAUCUAUCUAUCUAUCUAUCUAUCUAUCUAUCUAUCUCACUUUCACUCGCACUUCCGAUUCGAACAGGCGUUGUUGGUCUUGGUCGCAGGUAAGUAUAGCUGCAGCAAGCGUCAUUCUUUGGUACGGGCCGGUCCGACGCAGCGUUCGAAUGUAGCGGUGUUACCGGCGAGGUUCGUGAGCGAUGGCUGGCCACCCGUCAAGUCGGCUCACGAGAUUGAUGAUUUUCUAUCUAUCUAUCCCAGUCACUUCAUUAUCUAUCUAUCUAUCUAUCUAUCUAUCUAUCUAUCUAUCUAUCUAUCUAUCUAUGUCUAUUAG